UUUCUUCUUCCCUCCCUUCACACACAACCACCCCAAGAAACCAGGCAGAUAUAGCACAAGCGUGUCAGUAAGUGAGUGAGUGUGUGUGUGUGUGUGUGAUAAGCAGAGUUUGCGUCAGGAUGCCUGCGUACGCCACCAACAUGAGACUGAAGUUCCCCAUCCUGGCCUUGAUUCUGGAGAUUAUCACCAUCAUACUGUUUGCGGUGUUUGUUGUCUAUGAUGAUGGCAAAGGUCAUGGGCACAAGGACCACAAUGCCACUCACCAUGAGGAGAAGCCUAUGGACCUCUAUCCCAUGUUUCAGGAUGUCCACGUCAUGAUCUUCAUUGGUUUCGGGUUCUUGAUGACCUUCCUCAAGAGAUAUGGCUUCAGCAGCGUGGGCAUCAACUUACUCCUGGCCGCCUUCGGCCUCCAAUGGGGCCUCCUCAUGCAGGGCCUGUGGCACCUGGAAGACGGCAAGAUCAAAGUCAGCAUCUUCAAAAUAAUCAACGCAGAUUUCAGCACAGCUACAGUCUUGAUCUCCUUUGGCGCCGUUCUGGGUAAAACCAGUCCUGUGCAGCUCCUCAUCAUGACCAUACUGGAGAUCACUAUCUUCUCCAUCAACGAGCAUCUGGUGGCCGAGGUUCUAAAGGCUAAUGAUGUUGGAGCGUCCAUGAUCAUCCAUGCUUUUGGAGCCUACUUUGGCCUGGCAGUGGCUCGAGUCCUUUACCGUCCAGGUUUGAGAAAUGGACACGAGAACGACGGAUCUGUAUAUCACUCUGAUAUGUUUGCGAUGAUCGGAACUGUCUUCCUGUGGAUGUUCUGGCCCAGUUUUAACUCGGCCAUCGCUGAUCCAGGCUACACUCAGCUCAUGGCUGUGGUCAACACAUACCUCUCCCUGGCUGCCUGCGUGCUCUCUGCCUACGCCGUCUCCAGCCUCGUGGAGCACAAAGGAAAACUGGACAUGGUGCACAUUCAGAAUGCCACAUUGGCUGGUGGUGUUGCUGUGGGAACGUGUGCUGACAUGAACAUUGAGCCAUUCGGGGCCAUGCUGAUUGGUUUAGUGGCUGGCAUCGUCUCUACCCUUGGCUUCAAAUUUCUUACUCCAAUCUUGGCGUCCAACCUGGGCAUCCAGGACACCUGCGGCGUCCACAAUCUGCACGGCAUGCCUGGCAUCCUGGGUGGUUUGGCUGGUAUUGUGGCUGUUGCUAUGGGGAAGAAAGAUGGAGGCAACCCUGCCAUGCAAGCUGCCGCCUUGGCUUCAUCCCUCGGGUUCGCCUUGGUUGGAGGCGUCAUCACAGGUUUUAUAAUGAAGUUGCCGUUCUGGGGUCAGCCUCCAGACCAGAACUGCUUCGAUGACUCUCUUUACUGGGAGGUUCCUGAGGACGAGGAGGAGAAUGAGGAGAGUUUGGCUCAGGCUGAUCACUCAAAGAACAAAGCAGAGGCUUAAAUAUCUGCCCGUCAUCAUCAUCUUCUUCUUCUACUAAGCUCAAAAUCAAGAAGUAAAGGAUUCAAAUUCAGAUUCAGGAUGACCACUGAUCAAUUUAUUCAGUAAUCCUUUAAAUCCCGGGAAUUAACCCCAUUUACACUCUGAAAAGUAAGCAUUAAGCUUUAAAAAAAAAAAUAUAUAAAUAUAUAUACCUUCAACAGUCAUUGGCCACAGCAUUGUAUUAGUCUUAUGACCUCUACGGGUUUAUAAGUGUUUCUAUUUUAUAUUAAUAACAAGCACGUUUUAGUAUUAGUGUGUGUGUGUUUUCCUUAUACAUUCUUUCAUUACUAUGUCCACACACCGGGUAUUAGUGUUUCUGCUGAGGCGGAUGGGUCAGAGACAGGAGUGAAACUCCUUACUUUGAUCGGCUGCUUCACGUUUACCUCACUGGAGCCCAGACCUUCUUCCGUUUGUAAGGCGUCAGAAUCUCGACUGUGUGAAAGCGGCAGCGUGUUGCUGACGUGGGCAGGGAUAGUCGCAGGAUACUCUUUUUUAUCUAAAGAACCUCUGUGUUUGUGUGUGUACGUGUUACUUCCUGUCCUGUUGUUUUGUCUCCCCCCCCCCCUUUACUAUUAACAUCAAAUGUAUUCUUAACAUGUAUAUACAGUUUAUUUAGAUGGACUGACAUGGAACGUUUCAUUGUAGCCCUGAAAUGUCAAACAAGAGCAGCUGGUACAGUUUUUCUGACAAAGAAAACAAAAAUGAACUUGCACACUGAUAAAUAACCUGUUUCCACCGUCAUGUUUCACUAUUCUCUUGUACAUUUCCAUGCAUAUUUUCUUUCUCAUUUUAUCUCUCAUGACCUCUGGUGUAUUUCACAGGAUUACUUGGACUAAGGACGGGGGGGACAGUUUAUUUUCAGUGUACUUAACAUUAAAAUCAUUGGACUGCAGGGUUUUGAUGAAACUGACUACAAUUAAAUGAAACUAAUUGUUAAUAAACAUUUUUUGGCUUGUCAAAGACAUGCCAAAAAACAUAAAAACACA